AUUUUAUCUGGAUAUAUUUUUCAAGCCUUACGGACACGUGGGUAAUGUUUUCUUGGAUUGGCAACUCCUACCGUCAUGGAUAUUCAGUCUGCCAUAUCAAAAUUGAAUGCCUAUGCCAACAUGCCUACCCCUAUGAGGCUUAGAGACCUGAUUCGGCAGAUUCGGGCUGCUCGAACUGCGGCUGAUGAAAGGGCUGUAGUACAGAAAGAAUGUGCAUAUAUACGGUCUUUGUUUAGAGAAGAAGAUAACACAUGGCGUUGUCGCAAUGUUGCUAAACUGCUGUAUAUACACAUGCUUGGUUAUCAAGCUCAUUUUGGACAGCUGGAAUGUUUGAAAUUAAUUGCAUCACCGAGGUUUACUGAUAAGAGGAUUGGGUAUCUUGGAUCAAUGCUCCUCCUUGAUGAACGGCAAGAUGUUCAUCUUCUAAUAACCAAUUCUUUAAAGAAUGAUUUGAAUAGCCAGACCCAGUUUGUAAUAGGCUUAGCUCUUUGUGCACUUGGGGUUAUAUGCUCUCCUGAAAUGAGCAGAGAUUUAGCUGGAGAAGUUGAAAAACUUUUGAAAACAUCCAAUGCAUAUGUACGAAAAAAAGCUGCUCUCUGUGCAUUUCGCAUUAUAAAGAAAGUUCCUGAAUUGAUGGAAAUGUUUAUUCCUGCCACUAGGUCUCUUCUGUCUGAAAAGAAUCAUGGGGUUCUCAUAACUGCUGUUGUACUUCUAACAGAGAUGUGUGAAAAAAGCCCAGAUGCCCUUCAUCAUUUUAAAAAGCUUGUUUCUAAUUUAGUACGGAUUCUCAAAAAUUUAAUAAUGGCGGGGUAUUCUCCAGAACAUGAUGUAUGUGGUGUUAGUGACCCAUUCUUACAAGUUAAAAUUUUGAGACUACUAAGGUUGUUAGGAAAAAAUGAUCCUGAUGCUAGUGAAACUAUGAAUGAUAUUCUUGCUCAGGUGGCUACAAAUACAGAAACAAGUAAAAAUGUUGGUAAUGCUAUUCUAUAUGAAACAGUGCUAUCUAUCAUGGACAUUAAGUCAGAAAGUGGCCUAAGGGUUCUCGGUGUAAAUAUUUUAGGGAGAUUCUUAUUGAACACAGAUAAAAAUAUUAGAUAUGUCGCACUAAAUACGUUACUUUGCACUGUGCAAGCUGAUUAUAAUGCUGUACAGAGACACAGAAGUACAAUAGUAGAAUGUCUAAAAGAUCCUGAUGUAUCUAUACGAAAGAGAGCUAUGGAGCUGUGCUUUGCAUUAGUAAAUUCAAAUAAUAUAAGAUCUAUGACAAAAGAACUUCUCAUGUUCUUAGAAAAAGCUGAUCCUGAAUUCAAGUCUCAGUGCUCUUCAAACCUUUUCAUUUCUGCUGAAAUGUAUGCUCCAUCUAAGCGUUGGCAUAUUGAUACUAUGAUAAAGGUUCUUACACUGGCUGGUAAUUAUGUUAUUGAUGAUGUUGUGGGAAAUUUGAUUCAGUUAAUAUCAGAAUCAUCCACCUUGCAUACUUACACUGUGCAGCAGUUAUGGAAGCAGUUGACUGGAGAUCUUGCAACUAAACAGCCUCUUGUUCAAGUAGCAUCCUGGUGUAUUGGUGAAUUUGGGGAUCUUCUUAAUUCUGUUGAAGGUCAAGAUGCAUCACCUGUAAAUGUUACUCCUGAUGAUAUUAUUGAUCUAUUUGAAAAAGUGACUAUGAAUAUUCAUAUGACGUUAACAACAAAGGAGUAUUCUACUACUGCACUUAUGAAGCUUACGGUGCGGUUUCCAGACACUGCCCCGCAUGUGAAACGCUUCUUAGACAUUUUUGGAACUAAUGUAAAUGUGGAAUUGCAGCAGAGAGCUAUUGAAUUCUCGUCAUUAUUCCGAAAGUACAACCAUUUACGGCCUAGUCUUCUGGAACACAUGCCAGCUAUGGAGAGCAAGAGUUCUAAUAAUGUUGCGAUACAGAAUGGAGAUAUUACAGAGGAAGACUUAUUUAGUAAUGCUAUAAAGGAAAAUAAAGAGAAUCAAAAGAAUGUUGAGGAUUCUAGCGUUUUACUAGAUCUUUUAUCUGGUUCAACAAACAAUACCACAUUUGAGCCAGAGAUCUCUGCACCUGAAGUCAAACUGCCAUCUGUGAAUGGACCAGAUUUACUUGAUCUUUUAGGUGGCUUAGACCUAGAACCUCAGGUUCAAAGCUCUUAUAGUCCGUCUGCACCUGACAUUUUAUUGGAGAGAUACGUAGGCUCUCAACAAAGUGCAAAAGGUAUUCCUCCAAUCACAGCCUUUGAGAAGAAUGGCCUGAAAAUCAUUUUUGAAUUUGAUAAAUCACCUGAUAAUCCACAAAUGAUUAUUAUUAAUCUCAUAGCUACAAAUUAUUCUUUAGUCCCUAUACAUGAUUUCCUGUUUCAAGCUGCUGUCCCUAAGGUAUUUCAGUUGCAAUUGUUACCACCCUCAAAUAAUAUAAUACCUGCCAAUAACAUGGGUUAUAUCCAACAAACGCUCAAAAUUUUAAAUCCUAGCAAGAGUCAGCUACGAAUGAAGCUGAGGAUAUCCUAUGUAUCAAAUGGCAAUGCCGUCUUAGAACAAGUAGAAGUAAAUAAUAUACCCCAAGCUGUAUAUUUGUAAAUCAAUUGAAAAAUUUUUAUUGAAAUGUUUCUGUUUGGUAACAUCAAUGGGAAAAGGUUGCUACCUAGGCUCUAACUGUGGCACAAACAGAAGACAUCAAGAACUUCACAAAUUUUGUACUACAUUGAGCCUUUAUUCAUCCACAUAUGAAGUGCAGAGGGAAGAAGGAAAUAUGUGUGGGCUGAAUUACUGUUAGUUAAAAAGGAAACCAUAUUUAGGAGCUUUCUUAAAACAUUUUGCACUUUAUCAUUCCAUUAUAGGUUUAUAGUUGUACAGUAUCAUCUUUUGAACUGAAAAAGAAAAAAGAAAAGGAAAAAAAUUCAGAUUUGAAUUAUUGAAUCUGAUCCAUGGUUGGAAUAUGAGACUUUUACAUAAUUUUUGUAAUUUCAAAAUGUGAUACUACUUCUUAUUGGUUCCAACUAUGGUCGUUUUCAAAUAAUACUUUGUGUGUGCCUAAUUUCAGAAUGCCAGUUUUAAGGUUUUCUUUAAGUAAUUCUUCUAGAAUUAGUGAUUCUAUCAUUAUAUAUAUAUAUAUAUAUACAUACAUGCAUAUAUAUUGCAAUUAUAAUUUUGGGAUUUAAAGUUACUUAGAUUCUUUUUCUUUCGAUAUUAGUUGUUUGAAUGGUUAUGUAUAGGGGUUAAAAGACUCAUAGUUAUUUCUAUUAACUGUAUAUAUGUAAAUGGUUUUAAAAGAGUAUAAAACAGAGUUUAUAUCCAUUUAUUUACAAUUUACAUUUUAUGCAGACACCUUAUGUAACAGUACUAUUUAAAAAUCAUUUUUAUAUUGAACUAGUUUUGCAUUUUUUCCAUUUGCAGCUCUUAGUAAUUUCUUUCUUGAAGCAACCUUCAUCCUGAAAUUAUUAAAUGUAAAUCUAAAACUAGUUCUGUAUGUUUCACAUGAAAAUUAUGUUAAUGCAUAACAUGAUAAUUCUAUUGAAGAUUACAUGACAUCACAAAUAUGUUAUCUGCAUGUAAAAUUAGGGACAAAAACUUAAUUCAUUAUACUGCAUGUUUGCUUAUUUGGAGGGGUAGAUAUUUAAGUGAAGCUGUUAUUUGUAAAUUAAAUAUUAUUUUUUUGUCUAAUGUAUUUUAUGGUAGAAUUUUAAAUUACUCUUAUUAAUUAACAAUGAAAAUCAAUGUAUUUCUUAAUCAAAUCCUAAAAAGAAGAAUCAUUUACAAAUUGAAGAAUUAUAAAAAAUUAAGAAAUGUUAUUUACUCAUUUUGAUUUCUGUUUUAUUCAGUCAUGUUGUAAUUAUAAAAUUUUCAUUUCUUAAAAUGUGUGUUUGUAACACGGUUAUUUCUGUUGAUUCUAUUUUUGUGGAAUUGGUACUAAUGCAUUGACAUUUAACGGCACAAGCAUAAACUGAAUUACAUGCAUAGUUUUUGUUUGAAGUGCUGAGUUAAAUUUCAAGCAUAUAUUCUUGUGCAUUUUAAAUUUCACUUUUAUGUUCAAAGAAUUAAUCAUACAUUGUCUAUUCAGAUGCAAGUAAUAUGUGAAGCAUUAAAAAAAAUGAGGUAUGAUGUUGCACACUCUGUUGUGCAGUGAUCGCAUGCUGUCAGUAUUUUUCUUAGUAUUAAAUUUAAUGAAUUUGUAAGUAAAUGUAGUAUUUUCUUUUUUCCAAAAUAAAAAAUAUAUUAAUUUUGCUGCAUA